GCUGGUGGCGGUCGCCUCCCGGCUGUGGCAGCGGCGGCGGCGCGCCUGCUUGGCGGCCGUCGGCGUGCUCCUGGCCAUGGCGCUCGGGCUGCUCAUCGCCCUGCCGCUGCUGCUGCAGGCGGCGCCUCCCGGCUCGGCGCACUACGAGAUGAUGGGCACCUGCCGCAUGAUUUGCGACCCCUACAGCGCCGCACCCGGCGGGGGCCCCGCGGGAGCCAAGGCCCCGCCGCCGGGACCCAGCACAGCGGCCCUGGAAGUCAUGCAGGACCUUAGCGCCAAUCCUCCGCCUCCGUUCAUCCAGGGACCGAAGGGCGACCCGGGGCGACCGGGCAAACCAGGGCCGAGGGGGCCCCCUGGAGAGCCGGGGCCGCCUGGACCCAGGGGGCCCCCGGGGGAGAAGGGCGACUCCGGGCGGCCGGGGCUGCCCGGACUGCAGCUGACAACCGGCACGGCCGGCGGGGUCGGAGUGUUGGGUGGUGGAACCGGGGGCGGUGGCGACUCUGAGGGCGAAGUGACCAGCGCGCUGAGCGCCGCCUUCAGCGGCCCCAAGAUCGCCUUCUACGUGGGACUCAAGAGCCCCCACGAAGGCUACGAGGUGCUCAAGUUCGACGACGUGGUCACCAAUCUCGGCAAUCAUUACGAUCCCACCACGGGCAAGUUCAGCUGUCAGGUGCGCGGCAUCUACUUCUUCACCUAUCACAUCCUUAUGCGCGGCGGCGACGGCACCAGCAUGUGGGCAGACCUCUGCAAGAACGGGCAGGUUCGGGCCAGCGCCAUUGCGCAGGACGCGGACCAGAACUACGACUAUGCGAGUAACAGCGUGGUGCUGCACCUGGAUUCGGGGGACGAGGUGUACGUGAAGCUGGACGGUGGGAAAGCGCACGGAGGCAAUAACAACAAGUACAGCACGUUCUCGGGCUUUCUUCUGUACCCGGAUUAGGGGCGCAGAGGGCGCGAGGUGGGGUGGCUUCAGGCUGCUCUAUCCCCUCUGGGGCACGCGGCUCUUUGGCGAGGCCACUCUUUGCUUCAUGACACUUCCUGACAUCUCCGUUGGAAAAGAUAUAUCCCUGCUGUCCUUCAUGCCCCGCCCCCGGCCUCUGUGUUCGCUUUCACCACGCUGCCUCCGGUCCCUGCGCCAGGUCCGGGAAGGGAGAGGGGAUGACCAAGGGGCGAGCUGAGUGUGAACCCCAGCCCUUGGGGCAGGGGCAGCCGUGGCGGGCAGACUUUGCAAACUUGAUUGGACUGGGUAGGCUGUGCAGGAGCCUGCCCUCUUUCAGACCUCCUCUUCCAUCUCCUCCCCUUACCCCUCCUCCUCCUCCUCCUCCUCCUCCUCCACCUCCUCUCCCUCCUCCCCUUCCUCCUUCCCCUCCUCUUCCCAGUACCCAGGCCAAG